AUGUUUUUUGGCCACGUUAUCUUCUUCAUAAUCUAUCUAUCUAUCUAUCUAUCUAUCUAUCUAUCUAUCUAUCUAUCUAUAUCUAUAUAUAUAUAUUUGUUCUUUUGUCAUUUUUUCGGCCCGGUCUUUAUCUUCGUAAUUUUUUACAUUUUAUUUCUUUUUUCAUUCUCUCUAUUUUCUGUUGAUAAUUCUUCUUUCUUUCUUUCUUUCUUGGUACUUUCUUUUUUUUCAUUUCUCUGUCCAUCGUUCAAUAGUUUCUUUCUUUCUUAUUCCAUAUUUUUUUCUUUCUUUCUUUCUUUCUUUCUUUCUUUCUUUCUUUUUUCCAUUCUACAUCAUUCCAUCAAUUUUCUUUCUUCCAUUUUUGUUUCUUUAUUCAUCAUUCGAUACUAUUUCUUUCUUUUUUUCUUUCUUUCUUUCUCCUUCCAUCCUCUUUCUUUCUUUCUUUCAUUUAUCUACAUUCGUUCUCCUCUUUCUUUCUUUCUUUCUUUCUUUCCUUCUUUCUUUCUUUCUUUUUUUUUCUUUUUUUUGUUUCCUCAAAAACUUUCAUGUACAUUCUUUCUUUUUUUUUUUUGUCGAUUUAAAGGUUUUUCCUUCAAUCUUUAUUUUUUGAUCCAUAUUUUUCUUUCUUUUUUUUUUAAAUUUGUACAUUCUUUCUUUUUUUCUCUGUCGAUCAGUCCUGCUUUCCUUCAAUCUUUCUUCCCCACUCCAUAUUUUUCUUUCCUUUUUCUUUGUCAUUACACCGUUUUCGUUUCUUUCUCUCUUUUUACUUUAUUUCUUUUAUUUUUCUUUCUUUCUUUCUUUCUUUCUUUCUUUCUUUCUUUCUUUCUUUCUUUCUCAUUCCAUCUUCUUUCUUCUUCCUUCUAUCAUCUUUUUCUUUCUUUCUUUCUUUCUUUCUUUCUUUCUUUCUUUCUUUCUUUCUUUCUUUCUUUCUUAUUCUGUACUUUUCUGUCUUCCUUCUUCAUCAUUCUGUCGUUUUCAUUUCUUUCUCUCUUCUUUCUUUCUUUUCUUUCUUUGUAA